AUGCGGACUUUACUUGUGGUUGGAUUUCUCCUUGCGCUUUGCGCUUGCACAGUGCGCGCAGGCAUUCGCGUGGCCGGGGACAAGUGUGAGGGUUGCACAGUAGUGGAGGGGGUCGGCUACAACAGUUUCCUGGCCAUGCCCUACAUGGACUGUACCUGCUUCUUCCACUGUACUAUCGAUCAUGAGAAUGGAGACUUCAUAGGUCAUAAGAUGUGCUGCCCAUGCGGGAGUGCCUGGUCGCAGAAGCUGUCGACGUGUGUCCGCACCAAGCAUCCACUCAGCGACUGCCGCUUCCGGAAAGAUGAAACGAAUCCAUGUACCGAGGCGGGAAAUAUACCGCGCAAUGAACCUCACAGUGCUGACGCGCUACCCAUGUGCACAGGUUACUUCGAGUGCAUUCAGGUACCCGGUUCGGACCCAGCUGAGUUCGUUCCGAUGGCAAAGUGUUGCAAGGACCCCACCCCCUACUUCGACCCGGACACUAAAGUGUGUGUUGAAAACCCUGAUGACGAUUGUUCGGCUGAUCAAAUUCUCAAAGAAACGUGCUGUAUUGUCGAACCAGAAGGACUUCCAAUCGAAUGUACACUGGUUCCUGGACCAACUCCAAACACUUUCUACAUGUCGGCCAUGGGCGACUCCAACUUAUUCCAUUGCUCGGACCAAAUGGUGUUCGACGAGGAAAAGUGCACAUGCGUAAGGGAUGAAAACUUCACGUGGCCAGAGUGCCCUCCUAAUUUCCUGCAGUUCUCAGACCCGCCGCUAAUCAGCCGGGCCGUCUCCAGUUCGGGGCCCUCUCUGUGGACCAUAUGGAACGAUGUGGAUUUCAACGGAGGUCAAUCCAUCAGUACGGACGCUGGUGACGUAGAGACCGGCGUUAACGUAGCGGAGUUUGGCUUGGAUGACGACCAGUACAUCAACCUGGUAUUCAGUGCCCACGGCGGCUACGGAAGAUCUGGUUCACUGUGUUUCUGGUCCCUGCUGAAUGGAAACAAUACCAACGCAGAUCUGGACAACAAUGAGGAGGCUCUCUUCACAAACUGUCGCCCAGACGCAGGAGCGAACUUUUCACCAGACCACGUGCAAGAUGACAAUACGCUACGUAUCUCUGUCGAACGCAACGAUAAUCAGUAUCCAGUUGCCGUAAACGUGUACGUACGUCUGUACAGUGACAGCUCGAGAAACCCGUGGAACUUCGAGGAGAAAUCCUUAAGUUGUGCUCUGUCGAACACGGAAGUUGACGAGUGGUUCCAAGUGUGUCUUAUCUGGAGUGGCCAGUACAACGCGAUCCGGCUAGUCUGCAAAAGUAACGACGACAGCAUGGACGAAGACUCUGCCGAAACAUCCGGGUUUGGUAUUGUGGCGUCUAAGAGUGGCCUGAUUGAGGGCAAUGACCUUACUGAAGCAAACGGCCUUGACCCACUGUUUGGAAAGCUGGCUCUGGUGGAGUUCUACAAGGGAUGUCUGCCAGAUGGACUCUGGUAAUAACAAGCUGCGGUUAUUGGAGCCUAUAUCAACAGACAUUUCUUUUCUUGCUUGUAAAACCCGCUUAUUUACACAUACUCGUUAUAAAAACAAAUUCGACACCUAUUAUACAACACAACACAACACAAUACUACUUAAGUUAGUCGAACAACACAAGACCACACUCUUGCGCAACAUCGUGCCAACGAGAGUGACUUAGUAUAAGUUUAUAAACAAUCUUCACAAUCCUUGUAAAAUUAAUAAAGUUUAAAAUAUCUUAACUUAUAUUUAAGUUCAAACACUCUUAAGAAGUUGAUAUAACGGAAAUUAUUAAAAAAGAAAUAAUAAUGACCUUAGCUUAAUCCUGCCAUAAGAAACUUGAUUCACUAAAUUGGGCAUGAUCAACUCUCAAUAAGUUCAAAUAAAGUUAGGUAUUUGCAGUAAGCCGCAGUUAUCUGUUUCAAUUACUCUCUUACCCGAUCAGUUUAGAUAUUUUCUUUUUAGUAUUCAAUUUAUUCUUAAGAUCCAUUACUUAUUUGUAACCAGUCUCAUUUUAACCCACUUUUAAGUAUCAAGUGCCCAUUUUAACCCACUUAUUAGUAUCCAGUACACACUUUAAAACACGUAUUAGUAUCCAGUACCCAUUUUAACCAACAUAUUAGUAUCCAGUACACAUUUUAACCCACUUAUUAGUAUCCAGAACACGUUAUAACCCACUUAUUAGUAUCCAGUACACAUUUUAACCCACUUAUUAGUAUCCAGAACACAUUUUAACCCACUUAUUAGUAUCCAGUACACAUUUUAACCCACUUAUUAGUAUCCAGAACACGUUAUAACACACUUAUUAGUAUCCAGAACACGUUAUAACCCACUUAUUAGUAUCCAGAACACGUUUUAACCCACUUAUUAGUAUCCAGUACUCAUUUUAACCCACUUAUUAGUAUCCAGAACACAUUUUAACCCACUUAUUAGUAUCCAGUACACAUUUUAACCCACUUAUUAGUAUCCAGAACACGUUUUAACCCACUUAUUAGUAUCCAGAACACAUUUUAACCCACUUAUUAGUAUCCAGAACACAUUUUAACCCACUUAUUAAUAUUCAGAACAUGUUUAAACCCACUUAUUAGUAUCCAGAACACAUUUUAACACACUAAUUAGUAUCCAGUACACAUUUUAACCCACUUAUUAGUAUCCAGAACACAUUUUAACCCACUUAUUAGUAUCCAGAAUACAUUUUAACCCACUUAUUAGUAUCCAGAACACAUUUUAACACACUAAUUAGUAUCCACUACACAUUUAAUCCCACUUAUUAAUAUCCAAUAAUCCAUUUAACACACUUAUGGUAACCAAUAUCCAUUUAAACCCACUUAUUUGUAUCCAGUACCCACUUUAACUCCCGUAUCUGUAUCCAGUACCUAUUUAAACGCAAGUGUUGCAU